AAAGGAAGCCCAAACACCAAUGCUCCAACAAAAAGGCAGGUGUGGUUACAAGAUGGCCAGAUAACUUCAAGUGGGUAUCGGUACUUCCGUGUUAGGCAUCCAGUGGCCACAUUGGCACCACUUUUCUACCGGGGUACUCCAAAGGAAAAGGGAGGUCAGACGCCUUUGAGAUGCAACCGCCCGACGCCAUUGGAACUAAGGAACAUGUCGAACCGAAGGAAUUUAAAGCCUCGCUUGGUUGAGCUGCUCGCUCAAACCCAGAAUGACGCUGGGUUGCUGGAAUUGUUCGCCCUGAAACAUUGA